AUGGUUGGCGACGAAUACAUCCGAGGUGUGUCCGGCGGCGAGAGAAAGCGAGUCUCCAUUGCCGAGGUCAUGGCUACCCAGGCCCCCGUUCAAUGUUGGGACAAUUCGACUCGUGGUCUAGACGCCAGCAACGCGCUAGACUUUGCGCGUGUCUUGCGUAAGAUGGCCGAUGAAGAGCGCAAGUCCAUCGUCACAACUCUCUACCAAGCUGGCAACGGGAUUUACGACCUCUUCGAUCAAGUGCUUGUGCUUGCUGAGGAGAGGGAGAUCUACUACGGUCCCACAACCCAAGCCAAGCAGUACUUCGAGGACAUGGGCUUUGAAUGUACGCCAGGAGCCAACAUCUCUGAUUUUCUCACCUCAGUUUCGGUUCCCACAGAACGACAGAUACGCCCCGGAUACGAAGACAAGAUCCCGACAAGCCCAGCAGAUUUCGAAGAUCUAUACAAUACAAGCCCCCUUUUCGAGAGAAUGGCACAAGAGAUGAACACCGUGUCAGAAAAGGCUCUGUCGGAUGAAGUAGAGGGCCUUCUGAGAAUCCGAGAGGAGGAGAAGAACCGUUCACUACCGUUUCUGUCUCGCCAAGUUAGCCCCUACCAGGUGUCUUUCACGAGCCAGAUUGGAAAUUGCAUUAGAAGGCAGUUCCAAAUCAUCUGGGGCGACCGAUGGUCGAACGCACUCCAGAUCGCUUCAGCCCUUAUCAUGGCGCUGGUCACCGGGAGUUUUUUCUACGAUCUCCCAUCCGACAGCACGUCCAUCUUCACCCGGCCAGGCGCUCUUUUCUUCCCGAUUCAACUUUUCGCCAUGAACAAGAUGUCUGAGACCACUGCAUCCUUCAUGGGACGACGAAUCAUCUCAAGACAUAAGCGGCUUGCGUUCAAUCUGCCAGCAGCGUACGCCCUAGCUAGCGCGGCAACUGAUGUCCCGCUUGUCAUCUUGACGUACUCCUUGUUCCAGUUGAUUUACUACUUCAUCGUUGACUUCCAGCGUGAGGCGGGCCACUUCUUCACCAACUGGUUUAUGCUCAUUCUUUGUACGCUUUGUUUCGCUUCUUUGUUCCGCAUGAUAGGAGCUUGGUGCAGACAUUUCGGGCUGGCCUCCCAAAUCACUGGGUGGAUGACAAUGGUUUUCAUGGUCUGUGCAGGAUAUCUCAUACCUGUACCGAGCAUGCCUGUCUGGUUCCGUUGGAUUUCGUGGCUGAACCCGGCAACAAACACCUUCGAAGCGAUCAUGGCCAAGGAGAUGGGAGAUCUCACUCUAGAUUGCAUCCAGCCUCAGCUUAUUCCAUUCGGAUCUGCGUACGGCAGUAGUCAGUAUCGCAGCUGCACAGUCAGGGGAUCUACGCCAGGAUGGAUAGCUAUCGAUGGGGAAACCUACAUGAACGCCCAGUAUUCGGUCUACAAAGCACACAUCUGGCGUAACGCGGGGAUUCUCAUCGGACUCUGGAUUUUUCUGGCAUUAAUGACUGCAGUCGGCUUCGAGAUCAACCUACAUUCCGACUCCGGCUCGAAAGUGUUAUUUGACCGACGGAGCAAACAGAAGGAGCUAGCCACGAAAGUAGACACGGAAAAGGCGGAAGAUUCAGCUGCUUCACACGACGUGUCUUCCAUGUCUCUAAGCAAGACUGUCUUCACCUUCAAGGACAUCAGCUACUUUGUUCGUCACGAAGGAAAGGACCUGCAACUCCUUCGCGGAGUCUCUGGAUACGUCAAACCCGGUCAACUGGUCGCGCUCAUGGGUAGCUCCGGUGCUGGCAAGAAAACUUUGAUGGACGUUUUGGCGCAGAGGAAAGACAGUGGCACGAUCGAAUGCAGCAUCAUGGUUAACGGCAAGCCUCAAGGCAUCAGCUUCCAGCGGACAACAGGCUACUGCGAGCAAAACGACGUCCACGAGCCCACUGCUACGGUCUGGGAGAGUCUUUUGUUUUCGGCGAGACUGCGACAGAGCCACAAGAUUCCAGAUGAGGAGAAGCAGGACUAUGUUCGGGGCAUCAUGCAGUUGCUUGAGCUGACGCCUUUGCAACACGCAAUUGUUGGAACACCUGGCGAGGGUCUCUCUAUCGAGCAGCGUAAGCGCCUUACACUCGCGACAGAACUCGUCGCGAAACCCUCGCUCCUUUUCCUCGACGAACCGACUUCCGGCUUGGACGGUCAGUCUGCCUACGAGAUCUGUCGCUUCAUGCGAAGGCUCGCAGCAUCUGGACAGACCAUUAUCUGCACCAUUCACCAGCCAUCUGCUACUCUGUUCGAUGCUUUUGAUGUCCUUCUCCUCUUAGUCCGUGGAGGACGGACGACCUACUUCGGACCGACUGGCAAGAACUCGACCACGUUGAUCGAUUACUUUGCCCGAAAUGGUGCCGCUUGCCCGCCGCACGCGAAUCCUGCAGAACACAUAGUUGAUGUGGUGCAAGGUCGUUUCGGUACUGAGAUCGAUUGGCCGCAGACGUGGUUGGAUUCCUCGGAAAGACAAGCGGCCAUUACAGAACUCGAUGCACUCAACUCCCACGGUGACGAGGAGAAGGACACUCAGCAGUCUACUACGACUGAGGCGGUUGACGAGAACCAGCUUGCUGGAUUCGCGACCCCAGUCGCUUACCAAUUCUAUCUCGUCACAAGCCGACAACUGGUCGCUCUGUGGCGCAACCCCGAUUAUGUCUGGAAUAAGCUUGGACUGCACAUCACUAACGGACUAUUUGGUGGCUUCACGUAUUGGAUGUUGGGCGAUGGUACCUUCGAUCUACAACUACGUCUCAUGGCUGUCUUCAAUUUUGUGUUUGUCGCCCCUGGGUGUAUCAACCAGCUGCAGCCGCUCUUCAUUCGGAAUCGCGACGUCUUCGAGACUCGCGAGAAGAAGUCUAAAACCUAUCAUUGGUUUGCCUUUGUGGCGGGUCAGCUGCUUUCAGAGACACCUGUACUGAUGGUCUGCGGAACACUGGCGUUUGUCACUUGGUAUUUCACGGUCGGCUUCCCCACAGAAGCAAGGAUAUCUGGACAGGUCUACCUUCAGAUGAUCCUCUAUGAGUUCCUAUACACUUCACUGGGACAGGCUGUUGCCGCUUAUAGCCCCAAUGCCUACUUUGCAGCGCUGGCCAACCCAAUCAUCGGCGCAGGUCUCAUCAACUUCUGCGGCGUCGUCGUUCCGUACUCGCAGGUUACGGCUUUUUGGAGAUACUGGCUUUACUGGCCUGAUCCUUUCACGUACCUCAUCCAAGGAAUGCUGGAGCCCGUAGUCUGGGAUGUUGAGGUUCACUGCAAGUCAAACGAGCUGACUUACAUUCCACUCCCGGGUAACAGCACCUGUGGGGAAUACCUUGCCGACUUUCUCUCUUCUGAGCCGGGCUAUGUUGUCGACCCGGGAAACAGCACCAUCUAUGGAUGGAGAGGAGUUGGCAUCACGGCGCUCUUCUGCGUUUCGUCGUACGCUCUUGUCUUUUUGAUGAUGAAACUGCGGACCAAGACUACGAAGACCGCGAGCUGAAGGGAAGCUGACCAACAAAUCACAAUGGUGGAAUCAAGGUAUAUGUAGGGAAGGUGGCCUGUAAUUUAGAUUAGAGGAUAGCGUCUGGCUAAACAUUGAGGCGCAAUUAGGGGCUUUAAACAUUAUAGCAUAAUAUAGCAU